UGAAAAAAUAAGUGCCUUAUAUGCUCCAAUGUCACAAGCCACAACACAUUGAUCAUCCCUCUUUCAAAAUUCCCAUAUACAAAAAAAUGGCAGACUUUGAGAGCCCAACAAUAAUGCCUAAACUCAUCACCUUCCUCUCUUCUCUCCUCCAACGUGUAGCGGAGUCGAACGAUGUUAACCAGAUCCUCCAAUCCCAGAAACUCUCAGUCUUCCACGGCCUAAGCAGGCCUAAUAUUUCCAUUCAGAGUUACAUGGAAAGAAUUUUCAAGUAUGCAAAUUGCAGUCCGUCUUGUUACAUUGUUGCGUAUGUUUAUCUUGAUCGGUUUACGCAGUGCCAACCUAAUCUUCCGAUCAAUUCUUUCAAUGUUCAUAGGCUGCUAAUCACUAGUGUCAUGGUUGCUGUAAAAUUCAUGGAUGAUGUGUAUUACAAUAAUGCUUGCUAUGCUAAAGUUGGAGGAAUCAGCACAACUGAGAUAAACUUUCUUGAAGUGGAUUUUCUAUUUGGAUUGGGAUUCCACUUGAAUGUGACUCCCACCGCAUUUUACAAAUAUUCUUCAUACUUAGAGAGAGAAAUGAUGAUGCUUCAACCUCAUAUAAACAUGUCAGAAUCUUCCUUAUUUAUUGGAGUUUCAUCAAAACGUCACUUGUCUUUCAGUGAAGAUGAAUCACCCCAUCAUCAACAACAGCAACUUGCUGUUUGAGAUCAAUGCAUUUCUUCUUGUCAGGGGCGGAGCCAAGAAUUUUGUCCAGUGCGGGCAAAAUUUAGUCAAUGUCGGACUUUUCGAUUAUGGAUUUAAUGAUAUUACAAUAAUGCUAAAAAUGACAUAGUGACAACACUAAUAAGAUUACCAUCUUCUUCCUUAUUCUAGGAUUUGUAGCAAAUUGUGCAACAUCAAAAAUCAAUUUUAUUCGAUAUCUUCUCAUCAACAUUUUCUACGAAAUAUUUUUUUUUUAAAGAAACUCUCCAUUGACAUUUCACACUAAAAUAAACCACAAGUGACAAUUAAAUACUAAUUGAUAAGGAAAUAAUUACAAUUUUUUACAAAUUGGUAGAACACCAUAAAAUCAUCCCUAAUUGUUUGACUAAUUGACAAAAAUCAAGAUUUUAAGAAUCCAUCACAAAUAUUACCAAUAUUCAAUAUUCACAUAAUCAUAAUCACUAAUAUUAAAUAGAAAAAUCACAUUAUCAAGAAACUUUUUGAUGCAAAUUUGAGGGCCCAAGGAAACGUGGGUUUUAAGAAAGAGAUGAACUUUGAAAAUAUUUCAAACCGAUGGUAAAUUAAAGGAAAUUUUUUAAUUUCUUGUCGAGGGGAAAGAGUUAGAAAAUGUCACCGUGCACUUGGAGUUGGGGUAAAUUAGUGUAUCGAUUGGACUAUAAAUAAAAGUAAAACCCAA